GCAGUUAAAAGUGAAAGACGAUUGUGUUCAUUUGUCUGUGAAGAAGUUUUAAGUUAAACUAUUAAUAAAAAAAUAUAGAAAUUAAAAACUUAAAAAUAAAGAGGAAAAUAAUUAUCAUAAUCGUGAAAUUAUUUUUUUUUUACAAUUAAUAACUAAUUAUUCUUAAUAAUGAAAUUGUUAAUAUUGUUGUGUCUAAUCGGUGUUUGCGUGUCAAAGCCGGCUUCUAAGGAAUCGGAUUCGGUCAAUGGAAUGCCCAAUUUUCCAAAAUGUAGUGCCACAGAUUCCAAUAUUAACGAAUGUAUGAAAUCUCUUUUCCAACAAAUGGUACCACUAACCAAGAACGGAAUCAAGGAAUUGAACAUUCCGCCCCUAGACCCAUUUGUUAUUGAAAAGUCCAAUUAUCAGUAUAGUAAUGGUGCUGUUCAAGGGCGUAUCACCGUUAGAAAUGUACGUGUACAUGGCAUGAGUAAUGCUGUAGUUGAAAAUGUGGACUUUCGUUUGAAUGGCGAUAAGUUGGAUGUUGAUUUUAUUGCGAAAGUACCAAAUAUGGCGGUGGAGGGAACUUAUAAAGCAGAGAUGAAAAUUAAUGAUGUAAAAAUGACACCAAAGGGUGUGUUCAAUGUAUCAAUGACUGAUAUAACCAUUAAAUCACAUCCAUCUGGAGAACUGUAUGAACGGGAUGGUCACACCUAUUUACGUUUGACGAGUUUCGAUAGUCAACCUGAAGUAGGUGAUAUGCACAUUUAUGCCACCGGUUUAGUACCAGAUCCAAAUUUAAAUACACUUCUUUUGGAUUAUGUGAAUCAAUACUGGCGCCCAAUUUAUACGGCUAUGUUACCAGAAACUCGUAGCACUUGGGAACCUUUCAUGUUACAAACUGCUAAUGACAUACUAAGCAAGACUCCGUUCGAUAUGUUUGUAACAAAAAAGAAAUAAUAUGAAUUAUAAUUUAAAUUCAUUAAGCUAUAAACGAAUUUUUAAGUACUUCCAAAGGAUUGCUUCAGAAACAUUUUAACUUUUAAUAUUUAA